AUGGAUGAAUCAACAGCUUUAAUGAUCUUAACGGCAAUAGCGGCCUACAUGAUAUGGUUCUUGUUCAUCAUACGUUCAUUAAAAGGUCCACGUGUCUGGCCCUUAGUGGGUAGUCUACCUGGUCUCAUCCACCAUGCCAACCGCAUGCACGACUGGAUCGCUGAAAAUCUCCGCGCGUGUGGCGGCACGUACCAAACCUGCAUCUGCGCCGUUCCCUUUCUCGCUAGAAAACAGUGUCUCGUCACGGUCACGUGCGAUCCCAAGAAUCUCGAGCACAUACUCAAACUCCGUUUCGAUAAUUACCCCAAAGGUCCUACGUGGCAGUCAGUGUUUCAUGACUUGCUUGGAGAAGGCAUCUUCAACACAGAUGGUGACACGUGGCUGUUCCAGCGUAAGACUGCCGCACUGGAAUUCACCACUCGUACCCUACGACAAGCCAUGGCUCGUUGGGUUAGCCGAGCUAUAAAGUCUAGAUUCUGUCCCAUUUUAGCCACGUCUCAGGAAGAAGAACUUCCGGUGGAUCUUCAAGACCUUCUCCUUCGGCUCACUUUCGACAACAUAUGCGGCUUGGCUUUCGGUCAAGACCCUCAGACACUGGCUGUCGGACUUCCAGAAAACCGCUUCGCGCUUUCCUUCGAUCUUGCCACGGAAGCCACACUCCAACGGUUUAUUUUACCUGAAAUCGUUUGGAAGCUGAAGAAAUGGCUUCGGCUAGGAAUGGAAGUGAGACUGACAAAAAGCCUAAAACACAUCGAUCAAUAUCUCUCCAAAAUCAUUCAAAACCGGAAACUGGAACUACAGAGUGGAAGUGAGGCUCUAAACGACGAUCUUCUCUCGCGUUUCAUGAAGAAAAAAGAGUCUUAUUCUGAAGAGUUUCUUCAACACGUGGCUCUUAAUUUCAUCCUCGCUGGACGUGACACGUCAUCGGUUGCUCUUAGUUGGUUCUUCUGGCUCUGUAUUAAAAACCCACAUGUGGAGGAAAAAAUUCUGAUCGAACUUUGCACGGUUCUGAUGGAGACACGUGGCGAAGAUCUCUCCAAAUGGACGGAUGAGCCUCUCGCUUUUGAUGAAGUUGAUCGUUUGGUUUACCUCAAAGCUGCGUUGUCUGAAACUUUACGUCUUUACCCUUCUGUGCCGGAGGAUUCAAAGCAUGUGGUGAACGACGACGUUUUGCCGAACGGAACCUUCGUUCCGGCGGGUUCGAUGAUAACGUACUCGAUUUACUCCGUUGGGAGAAUGAAGUUCAUUUGGGGAGAGGAUUGUCUUGAGUUUAAACCUGAACGGUGGCUUUCAACCGACGGUGAAUAUAUGCAGGCGUCUUACAAGUUUGUUUCAUUCAAUGCGGGGCCCAGGGUUUGUUUAGGGAAGGAUUUGGCUUAUCUGCAGAUGAAGUCCAUUGCCGCCGCGGUGCUGCUGCGCCACCGUCUGACGGUGGUACCAGGACAUCAUGUGGAGCAAAAGAUGUCGUUGACGCUGUUCAUGAAGUAUGGACUGAUGGUGAAUGUGCACCCAAGGGAUCUCGCGCCAGUGGUGGAGAAGAUAACCGCCAAUUAA